CCGCCCCUUUCCGGCUUCAGGCUGCCUCAGUGAGCGAGGAGGCGGUGGAUCAGUCCGGGCUGUUUGUUUCUUUCUUUCUUUUACAGCGUUGUUUUUGUAUUCGUGGCAUCCACAUGUUUUAGCUGUUAAAGUUUUCUCGGAUUUUCGAACAGUAGGAAUUUGAGUCUCUCUUCAUCCUCACAGUUUCACCAACAUAAGUUCUGAUAAAAUGAUGAGAAUAGGAGGAAUACUGAAACUGAUUGUCCUGCUGUCUGCCUUCCUCUUGGCAGCAUUCCUGGCUUCUCAGCUCCUGGAAAUUAACAUGGAUUUUAAUUUGUCUCGUAUGUUAGUGAAAUCAGGAGCCAUGGAAGAGUCUACAAAGCCAACUCAUUACAAAUGUGGCCUGUAUAAGCCCUGUCCCGAAGACCAUUUCUCCUUCAAAAUGGCCAGUGGAGCUGCCAGUAUUGUUGGGCCCAAAAUCUGCCUAGAGGAUAAUAUACUGAUGAGUGGAGUGAAGAACAACGUGGGAAGGGGUUUGAACAUUGCCCUAGUCAAUGGAAAGACUGGAAAGCUCAUCAAGACUGACUCCUUUGACAUGUGGGGUGGAGACGUCAACCCACUUAUCAAGUUUUUGAAGGAUAUUGAAGAUGGAACAGUUGUCAUGAUGGCUACUUUUGACGACUCUUCUACAAAACUUACUAGUGAAGCAAGGAAGUUAAUAUCAGCAUUAGGCAGCUCCUAUAUCAAUUCACUAAGCUUCAGGGACAACUGGCUCUUCGUUGGAGGAAAAGGGAUCAAAACAAAGAGUCCUUUUGAACAGUAUAUUAAGAACAAUGCUGAGAUCAACAAGUAUGAAGGCUGGCCAGAAGUUCUGGAAAUGGAGGGAUGCAUUCCUCGGAAACACGACUGAUGUCCUCUAGAUCACUCCUCUUGGACCAAAUGCUGUAGAUUCUCUGCGUGUCCAGUCAAUCAAAACAAAAGUUCUUCCAUAGAAUUCACUUUUCAAGAUCCUAGAUUCUUAACUUAAUGAAUAUGCAAUCUGAGCAGCAGCCUGUGAACUGACAGGCAGGCUGUAUGUCGAGCUACAGUCAUACGAGAUUAUGGCUUUUCAUAGCAACUCAAUCAUGAAAUUAUGUAUCAGAAUCAUAGAACUAUGUAAUGAGUAUCGCAGAGCUAUAAUUUUGUGAAUUGGGAUUUUUUUAGUAGCAUGUUAGCAUUGCCCAUCAUAAGCAUAGCUAAGGAAUAAAAGGGAAUGGUGGAAAUUAAAACAUUCACAGGCAGAACGUGAUGAGAAUAUACAGUAUAAAAAUGGUACGUGGUAGUCGUGCUCGGGAUUAGCGAAAAGGUUUUGCUAUGUAUAUGUAGGAAUUUUUAUACCUAAAAAGCGAAAAGGCUUUAUACUUUUUAUGCUGAAAGAAUGUGAAACUGAUGCAGACUGCUACAGCUUCUUGGAUGGAUUUUUUGUUUGUUGAAAAGCAUGUUUGUUUUUUUUUUAUAUACAUUCAGAGAUAAAAUGAUUACCUGUGUUUGACUUUUAUAAUUAUUUUACUCAGAACAUACAGUAACGUCCUGUAUCAGCUACAUUGCAGUUUUUCUUUCAGUAAAGCAUCAUGAAGAAUCAUUUUCAUAAUUAUGAGGCUCAUCACAUGCUAAAGCCGUUUCAUUAAUUUGCUCAUUGCACUUUAAUCUAUCUUACAGAGUUUCUUCUUCUAAGACACAAUGUUUGUGAAAAUUGUUUAGGUUAGGUUUAUGUUUAAAUGCUCUACUGCUCGAGUUUUCGGUGUUUGUAAGGAUUAUCUGUGGCUUAGAUUAAAAUUUAUCCUUUUAUUACUUGGGUGUUUGGAUGCAAGUGAAUGUUAAAGUUGUUUUUAUGAACCUAUGCAACCUUGCUAUUUUAUUGACAUAUUUAUUUUAUUGUCUGUUGCAAUUUGGUUGGCAAACUGCAGUACUGGAGGGCCACAGAAUGACAAUUUAUCAUUCUACCUCAUUUAACACAUCAAAUUCAACUCUUCCGCUAGAAAAGGUAGAAAAGGAAAAACACAAACCUCACUCCCUCCAGGAUGCGAGCCUGUGUCAUUUUAUUAUUUCCAUUCAUAAUCAGAGGACCUGUUAUUCCUCUAGCGUCCAGUUCUGUUAUCUGUUAUGCAAAGUGAAUUACACAGUUGUUUAUAUCUUUGCAGUGUUGUAUAGAUAGCGUAUUGCCACAUGAAAAAUCAGCAUUAUCAACAGCUCUGUGGCACUAAACAGCAUCAGAGAAAUAUUUUCUUUUGCUGUGAAGCCCAGCCUGGGACGUACUCCACUACACCUUGUCGUGUCCCCUACAGUAAUGAUUUGAAAACUACCAGUCUCUUGUUAAAAGUUCAGCAGCUCACACCUACACAUAUACAAACCUACUGAGAGGCUGGUGACUCUUUUCAGUCUUCAUAUUUGUGACCACACUGUGGAAAUGUAUUAUCAAAAUAUCAGUAAUCCUGGUGUAGCUUUAUCACUUUUAAUAUUUAAAUUUUAAGUAUUUUAAUGUUUCAGAUUUUAAAAUUACAAGUACAGGUGGAUUGAAAGAUGAGCAGUAGGAUCAGUAAGAUACAUACAUGGAUUGAUUUGGUGUGUGACAGCAAUACAUCAGGCAGCAUUAGUGUGGAACGAUGUACUGGGGAAAAGCAUACUGUAUAUUCCUUACAUCCGCUUCAUCUGCUGCUAUGUUGCAGCUCAUCAAAUGCAGAGUGACCUGUUGUUUUAGCAUUUAAUUGAAAUGUGAUGGAUAAACCUGACCCCCUCCUUCUGUGGACUGCUGUGCAGUGAUUGUAUUGUGAUGUACAGGUCCAUUUUCUGACUCUUUUUAAAUGUGGCAUCUAGCUAUCAUGUACCAUCUUUCCUCCACUAAAACUACUGUUUUGAAGGGGUUGAUUUGCUUAAGUUAGAAGAGAACCAAUAAUGUGCCUUAUUGUAUCUAUCCAAAAAGGAUUUUGUGCCCAUAUACCAAUCAUCUUUCAGCUAUUAAAAACAAACUCACUUGUAA